ACAUCUAUCGAUUACCUGAAUUAGAAAUAAACAUGUCCCAAUCAGCUUCCUUGUUGGUCAACCUUUCGAGAAAUAGUGAAGGACAUACACACAGCUGAAGUUAAAACAACGUCAAAAGGUCAUGGCAUCCAGUAAGCCUAUAUUAUGUGGACCUUGUGAAAAAGGAAAACUAAAGACUAAAGCUGACAUCUGGUGUUAUAACUGUGAAGAAGGAGUAUGUUCAACAUGUUCUGGUCAUCACAAAAGAAUAAAAUCAUCUCGUGAUCAUAAAACUAUUGAUAUUAAAAGUUAUAAACCCUCUAUCCGAGCUAUCAAGACAGAAUGUGACAAACAUGGUCAACAGCUCAACUUGUACUGUCCUAGUCAUUUAAUACCUUGCUGUGAUGAAUGUAUUUCCACCAGUCAUUCAAAAUGUAAAGGAAUAAAAAGUUUAGCAAAUGUAGUCAAGAAAACUAAAAUUGAAAAGUCCUCUCAAUCUGUACAAAAACAAAUUGACUUUAUCAAGCAUUUUCUAGAUGAAUUGAUAAACGACCAAUCAAAAAACAUUAAACGAUGUCAACAAGAAAAUGAUAACACAAAAGAAUUAAUUCUUAAAAUUCGCAAGGACAUCAAUAAAUAUUUAACCCAUCUAGAAAAGAAGUUAUUUAAUGAGGCCGAUACCAUCUUGAAUCAGGAAAAGUCAAGAGCAACAGACUUAGUAACUGAAAUUGAAGGACAACAGAAAAAGUUAAAGGAAAUGCGAAAAGACCUACACUUAGUCUUAUCAAGUAGUACAAAAUUGCAAUCAUUUCUAGGGGUAUGUCAGAUUGAACAACAAGUACAUAAAAGUCAAAGGUAUGUCGAAUCUAUUGAAAAUGAUGACAGGACAAAAGAAUUUUGCAUUAAAAUGAGGCAAAACGAUGAGAUAGAAAAGAUCCUAAGCAAGUUAAGAUCACUAGAAUCCCUGGGAGAAGUGAUUGUUGUUAAAAAAGAAACAUCAUUGAAUAGAGAAACAAGUUUGAGUAGGAAAGCACAAGUACAGUCAAGAGUCCAAUCCAACAUAAACAACAUGACAAUGAAUAUUAAGACAACAAUAGAUAUAAACAUGGACAAAAUCAGUGACAUGAUUUGUCUGAUGGAUGGAAGAUUUAUAGUAGUGGAAGAGUUUGGUAAAGUUAAUCUAUUUACGUCUGAUGGCAAACUACAGAAACAAUUACCUUUACCUGAUGGAGCCUGGAGUGUUACACAGAUCAAUCAGAACACUAUAGCAAUAACUUAUCCUGAGGAGAAAGCCAUCAAGAUCUUUAAUAUGGAGAAUGAAAUAGUUACCAAAGUUAUCACAUUAGACAAACAAUGCUUUGGACUAUCUUUCUCCAAUAAUUCUUUGGUUGUUGGUUUGAGUGAUAAUGGUUGUGAAAUCCGUAUUAUAGAAUUAGAAGGAAAUACACUGAAGUCCAUACAAGUUGAGAGUAAAUCACACCUGGAGUACUUUGUCUAUUGUAAUGACAGAGUAAUCUUUAGUGACUUUUAUGGCAAUGCAGUAAACUGUGUGGAUGAAUCAGGUCAACAGAUCUGGAAAUAUACACAAGAUCUAGAAGGACCAAGAGGACUUUGUACAGACACUCAUGGUACAAACAUUUUUGUAGUAGAUUAUCAAUCUGAUAAAAUAAUAGUAAUAUCAAAAGAUGGACAAAAUAAUAAAGUACUGAUUAAUGAAGAGGAAGGACUUGAUUCUCCACAGUGUAUUUGUCUAAAACCCAAUGAAUCUUCAGGUUUGAUUUGUGAUAACUCUGGAACAUACUUAGCAAAAUUCAAUUUAUCUACUUAAUCAGAAAUGGACUGCAAUCAGUAAUUUUGGACAAUCCAGUAAAAUCAACUUAUAGUUUUAAAUUAAAAUUAGGGAACAUUUUUAGUAUAAGUAGAAAUUUUCUCACAAGUAAAUUAUAAACCUUCAUCAUGUUCAUGUACUUGUGUCCUAAUAUUUUUAAACACCCAUUAGAUUGACAUAUAAACUUGAACAUUAAAUUUUUAAGCAUUUUUUAUGUAACAACUUUUUUUUUAUGUAACAAUCUUUUUCACUGGCUCAAAGUUACCGUCAAAUCCAGUUGACCCGGGGUAAUUAAGGAUGGACCUGCCAUUUUGAAUUCAUUCAUUUUGGACCAACACAUUUCAAA